AGGCCCUGGGCAGGGAGGAGGAGGUCGAGGUGGUGGCCAGGCAUGAAGCCCAGGUGAGCAGAGAGGCCAUGGUGGCUGCCAGCGAGGCAACAAGGGCCAUCAUGGUGAGACAGCGGGUGGAGGCGUCCCUGGGGCUGCUGGAGCGCUUGGUGGCCGCGUGUGACGAAGCCACUGCCUUACCCCGGGAGCUGCAGCGCAGGGUUGGGGACAUCAAGGCCGCCCUGAUAUGGACAAAUGAGGGAUUCUUUGAUAUCCUCGAGGACUGGGUGGCCAAGGGGGCCGAAGCCGAGCAGCUGUGGGAGGCCAACGCCCGCCUGGCCAAGGAUCACCUGCUGGGGGCAGUUCCAGACACCAUCCAGUUGUUCACUGGUGGUCGCACCAGCCCCAGUGCCUGUGGGGUGGCCGAGAGGUGCCAAUGAGCCACCGAGGACAUCCCAAGGCUCCUUCGACCCCCGGAGUGUCCCCAGAGUGUCCCUAGUGAGCCUGGAGCUCCAAAAUGUGUCCCCUCCUCAGCUGCUGGAGGCUCUGGUGUCUGUGGUGGCCACCCUGGGUGACGUGGUGGCCACUGUGACUGGGCCACGCCAGGGCGUGCGGUGCUGUGUGCCCCCAAAGUCCCUGCAUGUGGCCCUGAGGAUCUUCACCUGGAGCCUCUGUAAGGGCCUGGAACACCCCGGUGUCACCUCCCUGGGCCAGCCCCUGGCCACCCUCGGGGCCACCCCGAGGGCCACCUGGGCCAAUGUGAGAGCCACGGGCAGCACCUGGUGGGAGUUGGUGUCUGCACUUGAGAAGAGCUGGGACCAGGUGGCCAGGGAGGCCACUGAGCUCCGUGACACCUGCGAGAACACAGCCCCUGCCCGGACCAGGGACCCACAGGACAAGGCCACCCACAGGGGGACAGCUGAGGACAACCUGGCAGCCACAGCCCACCAGCUCAUGGUGGCCCUGGACAGGGAUGGGGAGGCCUCAGUGGGGGCCACACGUGAUGCCCAGAUGGCAAUGGCCCCCAGCGAGGCCAUGGAAGAGAAUAUGGUGGCCACCAGGCGGGCGAGGGCAGCCAUCAGGAGGAGACCUUGGGCAGAGGUGGCCCUGGAGUCGCUGCAGCGCUUGGUGGCCACCUGUGACAGAGCCAGGUUGUUCCUCUCGGAACUGCAGUGCGGGCUUGGGGAAGUCAAGGCUGCCCUGGAGGGGACAAAUGAUGCAUCCCCCGAUGUCCCUGAGGCCUUGGUGGCUGUGGUGGCCAAGUUUGAGCAGCUGUGGGAGGCCAGCGCCCACCUGUUCAAGCAUCACCUGCUGGGGACACUUGGGGACAUCCAUGACCUCCUCUUGAGUCCCUAUGAUGGCCGCGGUGGCCCCAAUGGCCCUGGCAUCCGUGCGGUGGCCGAGCGGUGCCAAAAAGCCAUCGAGGACAUCCCGAGGCUGCUGCAGAGACAGUGAUGUCACCACUGUGAUGUCAUCAUGGCAGUGACAUCAUUGGGGACAUGGCUGCUGUCACCUGUGCCCUCCCCGUGCAGUAUUUGAGAUAAAUCUGGGGAAUUUUCAUUGAAAUUGCCCCAAUCCUCAUGGGAAUUCCUGGAUUGACAUCUCUGGGGACACUCAGGGGACACUCAGGGACAGUCUGGGGACACUCAGGGACACUUGGGACACUCAGAGAUACUCAGGGACACACUGAUGACACUCAGGGACAGGGACAGGGUUGAAUGAGUCCCCUCAGCAGCUUCCAGGUUUCCACUGUGCCCGCAGAUCAGCUGGAUCAUAAAUGACAAUUUAAUAAUUGCCUUUUGCAUUUUUUGAUUUCCUUUUGCACAUUGUUAUUAAUCACAAACAAUUUGAUACGGUAUUUGAUACUGAUAUUGAUUAUCGGUGAUUCCUUGUAGCUGCUGGUUGUUGCAAUAUAAUCUGUUAGUUCAUGUGUGCACCGUACAGCCUGUAAGUUAAUUAAUUAACUAAAUAAUUAAUAAUAUCGUCUAUAUAAAUCAGACCAGGCUCAUCUGAACUCUGUGUCAGACACAUCACUGACCCCAUUGAGAGUCAAGUGGUCAAUAAAUCCAUCCCAAACUUCCUUGGGGGGAGCACAGCCAGGGAGCUGCUUCAAGGCGCUGUCACUGAGAUAUUUCCCCUUGGAAACCCUGGAUGGGAUGACAAUACACCUGAGCAGAUGGCAAAAUUAAAAUGAUACCGAACCCUUGAGGAAGGGAUCCAACAGCUGAGAGAAGUGGCAGUAUUGGAGGUACUCUUUGGGAGGGAUGGACAGCAUGGAAAUGACCCCAACAAGGUCAGGUGCACAGGGAAAAUGUUGUGGGAUCUGGCAGAUCUGGGGCCAUCUCAAUGCACCACCUUCAUUGCAAUGACUGAUGCUGACACCAACCGAGAGGCAGUGGGCUGUCACCAACAAGCUUAGAAAUUGUGAAAAACGCGUAUUUUAUGAUUGGCUUUUGGCAAAUACUAAAAUGAAUAUUAUAUGUGUUAUGUUAGAACGUGAUGCUAUAUUAAUUUUUUUAAGCAGGGUGCUAAAUAUAGUUUUAGAUUAUAACAUAAUGUUAAAAUUGAAACUAGGCUACGUAAGAUACUUUUUUCAAAAGGGACAAAUAAGGCACUUUGACUGAGAUAACAGCCUCAGGACACCUAAAUCUUUCAGAGAAAAAGAAUUUAUUGCUCCCUUAUCAGAAGAAACCAACUUCUUCCUGCCUCACUCAGCCCUGAAGCCAGGAUUCAGAGAAAGUAGUUGACACUGACCAGGCAGAAUCCUUUGUUUGAAUGGAAUUUAUGCAUCACGUAGGAGAUGUAUGAUUAUGCAACAGGCUAUUGCUUUUAAGCUUUUAAGGAUUAAUCUUCUGUUACUGGGUGUCCCUUUUUUGGGCUUAUUCUGCCCAGAAAGAGGUACCUGGACUCUUCAUAACUCUUUAUUUUUAUUGUCUCGUAUUGUCCUAAUCCCAAUAUUCCAAAUUUUCAUUACUUUUUAAAUCCCAAUUUUCAAAUUUUUAUUACCGAUUGUAUUACUAUUUUUA